UUUAGGGAAUAGGAGCACGCGCACAGUCUUUAAAGAACCAGCGGAGAAGUCAACUAAAACCUUUGGAAGGAGACGGCUCGCACUUUGAGGCAGAACUUGUUAAAUUCAAACUAUAAGAAAGAAAGUAAAAAUCAAUCACCGUACGGGUAUUUCGACGAAUUUUGGCGUUACAUUUUGAGGCGGAAAGUUGUAAGAUUGAAGGACCUAAACUAUAAUCAGAUUUUUGCCUUCUUAAUUAUCUUUUUUCUUUCAUAAUACAGUAGUUUUUCGUUGUACGCAUGUGAAACGGGAAUGUCAUUCAGCAUAAGUUGCUCGCACCAAAGAUAUAUGGAUAAAAAGCUGUGUUGAUGAAAAAAGCCUCACAAAUGAAAUGUUCCCUCUCCUCCCCUUAACAAUGCAGUGCAUCUUCCAGUAAUCCGCGUGAAAGGUCAUGAUUUUUUUUAAAGAAGUAAAAACUUAAGGCAAAAUUACAUUGUAUUACCGAAUGUGUCAUCCUGCGAUUACAGACUGAUUUUCUUCCUAAGUAGUCUCACGAGGUUUAAAUUCUCGCGACAACAAGGCCGCUCUAUAUUUCACUAGCCCCAUUGGCGAGUAUGAAAGUGAAAGAGGUUACGUGUGAUGCAUUUGAUCGUGGCACGCACUGGACAGUGGCUGAGGAAAUCAAAGUUCAAUUUCGCAUUAACGUAUCACCAAAACUACGCUUUUUCUCUGUGGAAAUUUCAUGGAAUUAGUAUCAAGCUUUAACUAUUUUUUAAAAUAAAAGAAGAGACUGAUAAAUACAUAUUAUUUCGUUAACAUAUGUGACUUGCUAGCAUGUACUUGACUGGGUAAGGCUGCUCUGGUUGGGAAAUGUCAUCAUGGCCCACAAAAUAGACGUCUGGCCAGUUUUGAUAGCCUUUGCGUGAGGAAAUAAAACAAGAAAUAAUUUUUAUUUUUCAACGAAUGAACCGGUAAAAGCCUCGUGCCACAGCAAUAUGCUUCGCUAAUCAUUUUCCUGACGGCCUUGGCCCCUCCUGUGUUGCCAAAAUCCACGGAGUGUUAAUCUCAAAGUCAAUAUUAUGGUCACGUCCAAGCUAAGGAUGAACUAAGUUUUGUUUUAGGGCUGCACAUGUUUACUCAAGUCCUUCUGAUUCACGAAAUAUCCAUCGAGAGGUGCAAUAGAAACGUGGAAGUACUCCGAAAAGUUUGAAUAAAGUCCGUAACACCUAGCAUGGCGCACCCAAAGAUGUAUUUACAUCAUAUUCUAAUUACAUGACAGUCUGUUACAGGAUAAAAUGCAUUGAGAGUUGAUUCAAACAGACAGUUUGGCGUUGUCGGAAGGAAAUAACUUUAUCCCUUCGGUUCCGCACUCUGGGACAUACUUUUCUGAUUACUCUUUGCACGACACUUACGGCGUUUUGGCGGAAUUUCUGGCAAGGAAUUUGUGGGCUGGAGCCAAAACGUCAUAUUUCCUGAUAGCUCCCGGAUAUCUUGACCCUCAGGUUACUUUAGCGUAACCCGAUAUUUCGGUAAAAUACCCAUGAAAUAUACGGGCACAAAUCCUUUCAAGACGUAGUCAUCUUGGCACCAGGAUCUAUUGCACUGUCAAAUUUACGGCUCUCUGAUUGGCUCCCUCGACGUAUUACAUAAACAUGUCUCCUCUCAACCACGUGAUAAAAAAGCUUAUUUUCAACUCGCUUGUCACAUCUAUCACACGUGUUCUUGCAUAUCAGAGACAUCAUAGCAGCAGGGAGCUUGGCAGGCGAAUUUUUUUGAAGUCAGAAGAAAAUUCUUCCGCGCUAACCUCGCCACGACCGUAUAACAGCACAGAACGCGAAGAAAUGCAUGGCGACGACAGAAUGCUGCUCUCCGAUCGAAGAACGGUACGAAAUAAGAGAAUCCCGGCACCUCUACCACAAAUUUUAAACCCCUUGGGGUUUGACAAUCCGAUCGGUGUAUGUCACCCUCAACUGCCGCGGCAUAGCCAGAAUUAUGCAAAAUUGCUGGGGUCGAUGGACCAAGGAGCUGUCGCGAAGAAAGACCCAGCUAUGGAGAACGACUCCGACAGAAUCAAGCGUCCUAUGAACGCUUUCAUGGUUUGGGCACAAGUGGAGAGAAGACGACUGGCGGAUGCAAACCCAGAGCUGCACAAUGCCGAGCUCAGUAAAAUUCUGGGACAAGCUUGGAGAUCGCUGAACGGGUCGCAGAAACGACCUUAUGUAGAAGAGGCCGAGCGUUUGCGGCAACAGCAUAUUAAGGAUCACCCUGACUACAAAUAUCGGCCCAGGCGAAGAAAACACCCCAAAAGAGUUUGUAAGAAAAUGACUUCUUCUACACCCCCGAACUGCGCAGUAAUACGCAAUCCGAAAGAAACAACAGCCCAUGUCUCGCACUCUACUUCAGGUGCCGAGUGCGGACAACUCGCGGUCAACCCUGCAGAGGAAAAUUUAAUGAACUUUGGUCAGUCAUCUGCACCAAUUCCGUUUGCAAACGGAGAUUUAAGGCUGACACAUCUCGGCGGCCAUUCCACCUUGCCAAAUUUGUCCGAGAUAAGCCUUCCCACACCAGAGACGAGUCCCGGAUCUGACGAAUUUGGUAGUGAGUUUAACUUCCCAACUUGCUGGCAAGACCUUCAAAGUGCGCCCACUAGUGUGCAGAUAAAAUCACAUUCCACCUCCCCACCGCCAUAUGUCGGUGUAUCUACUUCAAAUUCAGCGCCUGUGAGCCCGAUCUAUCUCACAAACGGAGGCCUACAGGUACCGAAUUCUGUGCCGAUGAUGCCUGGUAGCGCGAACACUCAACUUCAACCCAAUGACACCAGUGCAAAUCAGAUCUUCUACUUCGCUCAACAUAUCAGGGAGCUGUUACCCGAAGGAGACUUCAACAGGGAGGAAUUCGAUCAGUACCUAGACGGCACAGAAACAGCAAAUAUUAUGUGUGAUGUGGCCUGGUGAGGUAACACUAUCGAGGAAGCUAUGCAGACUUUUGACUGUAAAAAUUCCAUUACGCAAGGACUUGGUGCCGAGAUUUUUUGCCAAUAUCGAUAGGGUGACAGUUUUUCAGCCGUCACGUUCGAUGCCAACGAACACUUUAUUUCAUAAUUUCGGUAUUGUUUUGUCUUACUUUCAAGCGCAAUGCGUAGACAAGGAAUUAUUUUUCAAUGUACAGUUUACAUAAGGGGUCAAAUACAAGUGAUGUACACAGUUGAAGGCUAAAAAGCCCGCAAGGGGCCGAUCGAGGUACAAAGUACGUCUCCUAGUUUCUUCAAUUUAUACGCGAUGCAUGCAAUCUACCGUAGUUUAUAUUUGGAUGUACAAUUUCGGGUUGCUUUUAAAAUAAAGAUUUGCUAAUGAGCUUUA